AUGGAGCAGAAUAGCAGUGUGAAUGAGUUUAUUUUGCUUGGUUUAACACAGGAUGCUCUAAAGGGUAAAAUAGUGUUCGUGGUUUUCUUGUGUCUAUACCUGGCAACUUUGUUGGCAAAUUUACUUAUCAUGAUGACCAUAAAAUAUAGCAGGACACUCGGGGGCCCCAUGUAUUUCUUCCUGCGUUACUUAUCUUUUGCUGAUGCCUGUUUGUCUACAUCCACGACUCCCAGAUUGAUUAUAGAUGCCAUGUCUGAGAAGAAAGUCAUCUCCUACAAUGAAUGCAUGACCCAGAUCUUUGCAGUUCACUUUUUUGGAUGCAUGGAGACCUUGGUGCUCAUACUCAUGUCCUUUGAUCGCUAUGUGGCUAUUUGUAAGCCCCUUCGAUAUACAACAAUCAUGAGUCAGCAAGUUUGUGAUGUGCUGGUGAUUUUGGCCUGGGUGGGGUCUUGUAUCCAUUCUUCAACGCAAAUAUUUUUGAUUUUGAAAUUACCGUUCUGUGGACCCAAUGUUAUUGAUCAUUAUUUCUGUGACUUGCAACCCUUGCUGAAACUUGCUUGCGUGGACACUUUUGUCAUCAACCUACUCAUAGUGUCUAACAGUGGGGUCAUAUGCAUGGUGAGUUUCAUAAUCUUGCUUAUCUCCUAUGUUUUCAUCCUACAUUCCCUAAGUAAACAGAGUGCAGAGGGAAGAAGGAAAGCUCUCUCCACCUGCACCUCCCACAUUAUUGUUGUCACCUUGUUCUUUGUUCCUUGUAUAUUCAUAUACACUCGCCCUCCAACCACAUUUCCAGGGGACAAGAUGGUGGCAGUGUUUUAUACUAUUGGGACACCCUUGCUCAAUCCUAUGAUUUAUACUCUGAGGAAUGCAGAAGUUAAAAAUGCCAUGAGAAAGUUGUGGAACAACAAACUCUGA